UAUAGUCGUUAUUUUAACCGAUUGCCGCCAAUCCAUUGUUUUCAGUGAAUUUAUUAUAAAAUUGUCUUGUUAACACGUUUUGUAGUUAUUUUAAAAUUUUUAAAAACUCGAAAACUACAUUUAAUAAGUACUUACUUACUUAUUAAACACUACGUCUUCAAAAUAUUACUAUUAAAGUUUUAAAAAUUUGUGUUCCUCGUUACCCAUAUUGUGUGCUGGUACUUUGUUCCUGUAUUUUUUUGAUUUGGAUGUACAACUUUUGAAAGUUCAAAUCUGUCAUCAUAUUGAACAUCAAAUUUUAAGUAUCAAAACGUUACUAAAUAUGGACCAAAUAAAUAAGGAAACAAAGUACAUAAUAGGAUUUUUCGAACCAGAAAAUAAAUACUCGAUAAUUCCAAUUAAUUGGUUAAAAAAAGGUAAAAGUAAUCAAUUAAAAUGUUUAUGGCCUGAUUACCGAGUAACUUCCAUGAUAAUAAUGAAAGGUGCCAAGCCCUCUUCCAAAUGGACUACUCAUACAGUAAAGCUUAUUAGCCAGUUUGUCUCAUACCAAGAUGCUGCUGCAAAAGAAUUAGAGUUAUUCCUUACAUCAGAAGCUGAAUCGCAGAGUGAUAACGGUGAAGAUUUACCGAACAAUAAUAAUGAUAGUACUAGCAGCGACGAUGAAUGUAUUCAAAUAUUAAAGAAAAAAAAACCAAAUGAAAACCACCAACUAAUUCCGACUUACAAUACUGAAUGUGUAGUUGAAUGCUCGGUAUCAUCUCCAUCGAAAACAAUGUAUGACAUGGACGCCAAUUCUGUAAUUGACAAUAAUAAUAUGUAUCAUAUUCCUUUUACAAAGAGUUUUACGUCAAACUUUGAUUUAUCAAACAUUCCUGCAGCAGUUUCAAAUUCUACUUCUAUGUUGAAUACUAGAACUGAAUUGAAUACAAUUGAUACAACAGGUACAAAGAGUUUUGCGUCACACUUUGAUUUAUUAAACAUUCCUGCAGAAUUGGAUAAUCAUGGAUUAGACUCUGGUAAAAUGGAUCAAUUACUUAAUGUAACAAACAUGUUUUUUACUAGAAUUGACAAAAAAUUAGAUAUUGUGAUAGAUUACAUUAAAAGAAAUCCUAAUUCAAAUAUCCAAGCCUCUUCUUUAGAUUCUACAUUUUUAAAAUAUUUUCCUAUGAACGAUUUAGAAUCCCUUAUCAAUAUGGAUGCAUUAUUAAAAAAUGAUGAGAACAUUUCAAAAUUGAAUAACUUCAUUAAUUCUAUUGGUGGCUCAGACACCAAACAAUACAUAAAGAGAGUGCUUCCAAAAUUGUUCUCAAAUAAACUGGCUACAUUAUGCUCUUGGACGGGGCAAAAGAAUAAUUUUAGGCUAGUCGAUCAUCAAAUAAUGAAAGCUAUGAAAAAAACUUCGUAUGAAUUAUAUAAAAACGAUGAACAUACAUUCGAGCAAGCUGUUAAAGAUUGGUUUAGGCAUGGGGCUCAACGCCUGAAGAAUGAAAAAAUGGCUUCAGAUUCCUCGCAAAAAGCGCAAAACAAUUGAGAAUAUGUCUCUUCGACAUUUUAAAAGACUCAACUAUGCUACUGCUACAAAUAGUACAAAAACAUCAGAUAAAGAAGUGGAAUGUUGAAAGACUAUCGUUCUAUUCUCAUUAGGUAUUACUAUUAUAAGAGUUAUAAGACAAAGUAUAUAUUGUUAUAAUUUUUUUUUAUUAGAUAUUAUACAUAUGCAUAUAUUUUGUAAAGUAAA